CUCAUGUAGAAUGUAGCAUUAUUCACUUGAACUUGAAGGUAUUUUGAAUAGAAAUCAAUGUGAGUUUUGCCUGUGGUGGAGUCUAUCGCAAGGAGCUUGUCGCAUGGACACUUGGCAGUAGUCUUGGUUUUCAACCAUGGCUUUGGAUUGUCGACGCUCCGAAGACUUGAUGCGAAAAUUGGAGAAGGUCAAGCUAGACAUGACAGGAAAUCGCACAGAAUCUUGUUUUUGGCCGCAACGACAAGAGCUGCAAGAUACCUGCCGGUCUUUGCUGUUGGCAGACUUGGAAGUUGGCCUAGACGCACGGGUGGAACAUGAUCUGUGGAACUUGGCGUUUCAUCCGCAGAUCAAAUUUCUUCAAGCUGCAGUAAAGAAAAGUCGUGGUAGUGCAGCUGUGGAAGGUGCUCAGGCUAACCUCUCCCUUUUCUUAGACUUUGCUCUAGGAUUUUACAUGCAGCUGUUGCAAGAGCUGGCUGCAAAGUUCUGCAUAGAUGUUCCAUUUCAUGCUUGUGGGCGUUGGCUUGGUGUAGUCACAGAUAUCAGUGUGGAAACUCAAUCACUGGCUCCACCACAAGCAUACAUUUGCCAAUACUGCUUAUGUCACUUGGGUGAUAUCAGUCGCUAUCGUCAUCAGCAUCGUCAAGCCGGUCAGUACUAUCAGUUUGCAGCUCAGCUUCGCCCUUGCAAUGGUCAUCCGUAUCGUCAACUUGGUGUGUUGGCAGUAGCAGAGGAUCAGCCACUGGAAGCUGUGCUGUACUACUGCAAAAGCCUAUGCGUGCUUCAUCCUUUCACCUUGACAGAUUGUAACUUGACUGCAUUGCUGGCAAAGUAUUCUUCACUGGAAGGUCUGGAGGUGACGUUCACAAACGGAUGGCUGACAUUUUUGUCAUGUGCACUCCGUGCCAUCAAGUCUGACGCCAGCUCAUCGGAGGACAUUGAUGACAUAACGCCACUUCUUCAUCCGAAUGUGGAGGAUCAUAUCACAAGUGGGAACGCAAACGUUGGCAAAGAUUUGCUAUGCGUCGCUGUUAGCAGUGUGUACAUUCUAAUAUGGCUGCGACCAAACGAUUCAGAGACAUCUUUAGUGCGCGAAGGUUCAGACUCCUGUUGGCAACAAGCAUCUAGGACAAUCAUGGGCGUCUUUGACAUGCUGGCAUCGCACUUGAAGACACGUCCAACGUUGGUUUUACCAGCGGUGUCGGUCUUCAUACAGUGUCUCACUCUGAAUUGGUCUGGCCUCUCCUUUCUCUUACCUAACAACAUUAUUUCUUCAAUUGUCGGCUAUCUCGGAAGCCUUACAUCUCCACCAGAGGCAAGAAAUCCUCUUCUUGAAGAGCUGGAUGGGUUUCUCCUGAAACAGGGUUAUCUCUCCGCAUACAGCCAUCCUGACACAUGCUACGAGGUGCUGAACGCUUUCUGUGAACAGCUUGUGCGCUUAGAUGAUAGACGUGUUCACUGCAAUGUCAAUGGUGUGUACGUUUAUCAUGAACCUCGUUCAUCCUUACUGGCCGAUACAUUCUCAACUUCUGCUCUUGGAAGUGCUAUUAGGCAGCCAUCGUCAGCCUCAGCCAUGAUAAGUCAGCAGCGACGCUCUGUACAGGCCAGUGCUGCUGCUGCUGCUGCUGCUGCUGCUAGCGGUCCAGCUAGCUCGUCGUUCACAGCGUCCUCUGGAGUUCGACUUGCUGCCGUGUUCUCCUCUCCGAGAACGGAACCCAGCAACACUCGUCCGAAGUGACCAUGAGCUGUACAACACGAUACACCCUUGAGAUGCCUUCCUUCCCUUGAGAAAACUAGCAACAAUGAUGUUGCAAGUGAUGGCCACGCCGCAACUCCAUGCCUACGACACUGCUGGAGCAAUGCCACCACACUCCGGCGCCAUGAUGAGUACGUGGUGCGAGGCAACUUGAACAAGUAACGAAGGCCAGCGGUACUAAUCCAGGUGCACCAACUACAUCCGCGGCAGCUGAGUGCUCAACACUUGACAUGGAGUAAACUACUAUAAUGCCCAUCCACUGCAUGUGUGCGUGCGUGUGUGGAGGUGGGCCUGCCUCACAACAACUACCUUGUCACGUACAAUGUUUUACACAGGGCGCGUCUAGCAAUGCCAACCAGGUAGCUUGCAACAACACCAUACUGAACUAUGUCCGCCGUGUACAUCACCUUCUACAGACCAACAACAACAGCAGCAGCAGCAGCAGGAGCAGCAGCAGUAACAGCUGUAGAUUGCCAUGCACAACUGUGGCCCCUGGGCAAGGCUGUGAUUGCAGUCACACCGGUGCUCUCUGGUUUUUUUUUCUUGGUUCACCUGAACCAGCAUGCCAACUAACACAGAAGCAGCAGCAGCAGCAUCACCAGUCAACCUGCUGCCAUGCAUCCCGCAGCAAUCACGCCUGCCUCCUCGUCAUCCUGUGCCAACUGCUACUCUUCACAGAGCACAGAGCACAUAGUCGUGUGUACAGUGUGUGCCUUGGAGCUGCUACUGCAAAGCCGAACACAACACAACACAACUUCAUUAUUUCCUUCAGAAUUCAAUGGAAUGUAGUGUGCUAGUAUGGGGAUGGCCUUGGCAUGGGUCUUAUGCUAGUGAAACAUACGAUACACAACCAGUAACUAACAGCGGAAUACAUCAUCAUUGUUAUGAACAACUAAUGGCAACAGCCACCAAUAACGUUAUUAUGAAUUGAAUGCCUAUCGGUGUGUAAUUCUGAAAGGUUCCUAUAAGAGAGCAGUGAAAAACAAUGCCACUUCGACGUGAACAAGAAUUCACAAGGAAAUGAAUGCUAGUGGCUGCUCACUGGACUAGCAAGGAAACGGAAUAAAAUAUGGCAAUGUCGUCGUAUCUUGAACAUUCCACUGGGCUCCUGUUGAUUCCUUCCACUGUUCGCAGUCUUGUUGGUGUUUCCUUCUAAUCAGUCCUGCAGCCAUAUCCAGAAGUUUAAAAGAAACCGUGCAUUUAUAUUUUAGCUUGUCCUUCUAUACACGAUAUACAUGUAGCUUGUAAACUGUCUAAAGAGGCCUCUCUACCUCUCUCCAUCCCUGUGCUCGUUAUGCGGAUAUGUACAAUGUUAUUGUGUGUGUGUGUGUAGCCAAGUUCCUCACGCAAUUUAUUCGUCUUGCAUUUCAUACUGCACUUUAUCAUUGUAUGCUCAUCAAGUUUUUGAGAGAAAUAAAAGAGACCAAAAACGCUGUAUUUCUUGGAAUAAGCCACGUGGGGUCUACUCGUUCUUUGUUCCUCAAUGACAUCAAGCUGGCUGGCAUCAACACCAGGUACGAUGUCAUGAUAGAUGUUUUUUUUUUGUUUUCUGAUCAAGAUACAAGUACAAUGUAGUACAUGUACAGUGCGUAUCGGUUAUAGUGUGGUCGUGUAAAAGAAUAUACUGCCUACAAGAAUGAACUCUCAUGUUUUCAUAAUCAUAACAUGGAUUUCAAGUGCACAUUUAUUCUUACAAGCAAUUUUAUCCCAUAAUAGAAUAUAUCGGUCCUAAGAAUGGACUUUGUGUAGCGAAACAUGCCAGAUUAGUACAAAUUGUAUCGCCUGUAGUAAUAACAUCUGUCCAAUUC